AUGUUAGUGGCCACUUCUCCCACCGCCGACCACAUAGAGCAUCUGGCAAUGGUGUUUGACCGCCUUCGACAAUUUGGUAUUGUCCUCAACCCGUCCAAGUGUGUCUUCGGUGUUCCCUACAUUGAAUUCCCUAGACGCCUUGUUGAAACCAGCAUCAUCCAUUCUCUCCCUUCGAAAGUCACUGCCGUCCGCGAAUUUCCGCCCCUGUCUUCCAAGCGUAAACUCGAAUGA